UAAUAAGCAUGUAUGUAAUGUAAACUUGUAUGCAAUAUAUAGCAUGCUUUUGUGUGUUCUCUUUCACAACAUUGCUAGAGAGCUAGCUAUUGAAGAAAAUGGCAAUUGAGCAACACAAUGAUGUUGAGAGUGGAGAAGCCAAUGGGGUUCAGCAUUUGCAAGAGCCCUUCAUUUCUAAAGAAGUUGAAUCAGAUAAAGGUGUGGAAAAUGGAUCCAUUGGAAUGGUUCUGCUCAGCACAUUUGUUGCUGUUUGUGGUUCUUUUUCAUUUGGAACUUGUGUGGGGUAUUCAGCGCCAACUCAAGCGGCUAUCAGGGCAGAUCUUAAUCUAUCACUUGCUCAGUUUUCAAUGUUUGGUUCUUUGGUGACCAUUGGUGCAAUGCUUGGAGCUAUAACAAGUGGCAGAGUUACUGAUCUACUUGGAAGAAAAGGGGCUAUGAAAAUUUCCACAGGAUUUUGUAUUGCAGGAUGGUUAUCUGUCUUCUUUUCCAAGGGUUCUUACUCACUUGAUUUGGGAAGAUUUUUCACAGGAUAUGGAAUUGGAGUUAUUUCAUAUGUGGUUCCAGUAUAUAUAGCAGAAAUAGCACCAAAAAAUCUUCGAGGAGGACUUGCAACAACAAAUCAGCUUAUGAUUGUUAUUGGAUCAUCAGUCUCAUUCUUAUUGGGAAGUCUCAUAAGUUGGAGAGAAUUGGCACUGGCAGGCCUAGUUCCUUGCAUUUGUUUGCUGGUUGGUUUGUGCUUCAUCCCUGAGUCUCCUAGAUGGCUGGCAAAGGUUGGCCGUGAAAAAGAAUUUCAAGUAGCUUUAAGGAGACUUCGGGGUAAAGAUGUUGAUAUUUCUCAUGAAGCCACUGAAAUUCUGGAUUCCAUUGAAACUCUUCAAAGCCUUCCGAAGUCUAAAUUGUUGGAUUUGUUCCAUACCAGAUAUGUGCGCUCUGUAGUUAUCGGAGUUGGGUUAAUGGUAUGUCAACAAUCUGUUGGAAUUAAUGGUAUAGGAUUCUAUACAGCAGAGACUUUUGUAGCAGCCGGAGUUUCUUCUGGAAAAGCUGGUACCAUAGCCUAUGCUUGUAUUCAGGUUCCAUUUACCAUAUUGGGAGCCAUUUUGAUGGAUAAAUCUGGAAGAAGACCUCUUAUAACGGUUUCUUCUGGUGGGACAUUCUUAGGCUGCUUUAUUACUGGAAUUGCUUUCUUUCUCAAGGAUCAAGGCUUAUUGCUUGAGUGGGUGCCGACAUUAGCAAUUGGUGGUGUGUUGAUCUAUAUAGCAGCAUAUUCAAUUGGAUUGGGGUCUGUUCCUUGGGUGAUAAUGUCCGAGGUUUUUCCCAUACAUAUAAAGGGAACUGCUGGGAGCUUGGUGGUUUUGGUGACCUGGCUAGGAGCUUGGGUGGUUUCAUACACUUUCAAUUUUCUUAUGAGUUGGAGUUCUCCUGGUACUUUGUUUUUGUAUGCUGGAUGUUCCCUCUUAACUAUUCUAUUUGUAGCAAAAGUAGUCCCAGAAACCAAAGGAAAAACAUUGGAAGAAAUCCAAGCUUGCAUCAGUUCAUAGAAAGAAAAAAAGGAGAGCAAUUUCUUGUACUAUUUGAUGAUGGAAGGUGAAGCCUAAUAGCACACGGGGACCCUGUCCAAUUAUUGUAUUUGAUUUAUUAGCAUCAUUGAUCUAAUUCUUUUGGAUCCAUAUAGGAGAUCGGCAAGGAAUAAAAUAACAGAAUUUUGAUAUAUUCACAUUUUAGGUUCUGAAUAAGAAUAUGUUAUUAGCAUUAGCUUUGCUCAUAAGAGAAUUUUCAUAUUCUAUUCA